AUGGCUAGCCGCAAGUCGCUGAAGAUUUUGGGUAUUUCGGGAAGCCUGCGCCAUGGCUCGAGCAACAGCGGUCUGAUAAGGUCGGCGGCCGCGUCGGCUGCGCGUCUGAAUCAAUCUACGCAAGAUUAUCACAUCAAUUUUCAGAUCUACCAAAGGCUCAAGGACAUUCCGCUCUACGAUGGUGACGUUGAGGCCAAGGCCAUGCCUGAGUCUGUCGUUCACUUCUGCCAGGCCAUCGCCGAAGCCGACGCGCUGCUUAUCGCCACCCCUGAGUACAACUACAGCGUUUCGGGCGUCCUCAAGAACGCCAUCGACUGGGCUUCGCGUCCAUACCGUCGCACGCCCCUCACCGGCAAGCCAGUGGCCAUACUCGGCGCUGGUGGUGUAUCUGGGACAAGCAGAGCACAGUAUCAUUUGAGGCAGGUGCUGCUGGACGUGGCCAUGCCGGUGCUGCCCAAGCCCGAGGUCAUGGUCAACUUCUUUGCACCGGGCAAGUUCGAUGCCACCACCGGCGAGCUGCUUGACAAACAGGUGAAGGGCGAGAUCGAGCGCCAGCUCCGGGCGCUUGCUGUCUGGACGGCUACGCUGCGCGGUUGGACUCCUACGAUGUAG